GGAGGAGAAGGAGCCAGCAGGAUCCGAGAGACCUUUCUUUGUCCUCUUGUUUGUUCGGGACCCCGACACAUGGGGUCAGCGCCGGCUGAAUGGGUUCAGACUGAAGGACUUGCCUCGGACCAGGACGCACGCGGACGCCGAUGAGAGCGCGCGCUAAUUAGGAAAACCUGUGUGCGAGCAAUUAAGCGCGUGGAGGAAGGAGAAGACGCCGCGCGCGGAUUGGAGCGCUGAAGAGCUCGUUUAGCUCCCCGGUCACCUUGGCACCAUGAGUUGGAGCUUCCUGACUCGUCUGCUGGAUGAGAUCUCCAAUCACUCCACCUUCGUGGGGAAGAUAUGGCUGACUGUGCUCAUCAUCUUCCGCAUCGUGCUGACAGCCGUCGGCGGCGAAACCAUCUACUACGAUGAACAGAGUAAAUUCGUGUGCAACACGCAACAACCCGGAUGCGAGAACGUGUGCUACGACGCGUUUGCGCCGCUCUCGCAUGUUCGAUUCUGGAUCUUCCAGGUGAUCCUGAUCACUACCCCGACCAUCAUGUACCUGGGCUUCGCCAUGCACAAGAUCGCCCGCAUGGAAGACAGCGAGUACCGGCCCGCCCGGAACCAGAAGAAGAGGAUGCCGAUCGUCAGCCGUGGGGCAGUUCGUGACUACGAAGAGGCAGAGGACAACGGGGAGGAAGACCCCAUGAUCGCUGAAGAGAUCGAACAAGACAAGCCGGACAAAGCAGACAAAGUCUCAGAGAAGAAACACGAUGGUCGUCGGCGGAUUCUGCGUGACGGUUUGAUGAAAGUCUACGUGUGCCAGCUGCUUUGGCGCUCUUCCUUCGAGGUCGCCUUCCUCUUUGGCCAGUACAUCCUCUACGGCUUUGAGGUGAUCCCGUCUUACAUCUGCACCCGCUCGCCGUGCCCGCACACCGUGGACUGCUUUGUGUCCCGCCCCACCGAGAAGACCAUCUUCCUGCUGGUGAUGUACGUCGUGUCCUUCCUCUGCCUGCUCCUCACUGUCUUCGAAAUCAUCCACUUGGGGAUCGGCGGGAUCCGCGACACCUUCCGCAAACGCGCCACCCUAAACUCACGUGCACCCCGCCCAACCACCGCACGCGCCAUGCCCACAGCGCCACCGGGGUACCACGCCACCAUGAAGAAGGAGAAACUGAAAGGAGAUCUGAGGGACUCACCGCUGGGCGACUCCGGGCGGGAGAGCUUUGGGGACGAGGGUCCAUCGUCCAGGGAGCUGGAGCGGUUGAGGAGGCACCUGAAGCUGGCCCAGCAGCACCUGGACCUGGCCUACCAAGCAGAUGAAGGAAGCCCUUCAAGAAGCAGCAGCCCAGAGGUCAACACGGCGGCGCAGACUGCUGCCGAGCAGAACCGCCUCAACUUUGCCCAGGAGAAGCAGGGAGAGGCGAGCGAGAAAGGAAUACAUGCCUGAGUGUGCUUCCUGCCUCAAACGUCUGCCCUUCCAUUCCUACUGGCCUUAAACACAUGGGGGAAGCACAUAUGGGAGUGCAGUCAGACCACUGAGGGAUAGCAGAGCGAGAGAGAGAGAGAGAGUGUGUGUGUCUAUGGGUGUGUGUGUGUGUGUGUGUGUGUGUGUGUGUGUGUGUGUGUCUAUGGAUAUGUGUGUGUGAGAGAAAUAUGCCUUUCAGUAUUAGAGGUCAGUCUGAAAGAGAGAGAAAGAGAGAGAGAGAGAGAGAGAGAGAGAGAGAGAAAAUGCUGACCAAGCUGUGUUGUGACAAAUGGUUCAUCUCCACGAAACUUGAAAGCCUGCUCCAUCUCGAGUUUCUACUUGCCGAGCCGAGUCCAAACCUCGGCUGUGCCUUCGGCUAAAAAACCCAGUCUACACCCUGUUCUUUCGUCGCCCACUCUGUGUUUUUGUGGCUCGUUCCGUUUCAGACCUUGCAAGGAUUAUCGAAAGCUUUAUAAACUCCCCUGGCCGAGUGUACUCCUGUUGUGUUGCUCACAAAAGAGAAGGCUCUCUGUUUAUAAGAUGUCGCCGAAUGUUAACGUCUCACUUUGUUGGCCUCAAACAACACAGCCUUGGGUUAUGUCAUUUCUGGAGCGUGUGCAGCAGUGUUGGUUUUUGUCUUUUUUUUUUCUUUUUUUUUCAUGAGGGCGGCUUUAACGUGUGCUAGAUAAAUCAUGUUUCAUGUUUAAUUUAAACAGAUUAUUGGUGUUUGUUAGCCAGAAGUCACACCAUUUCCAAUAUUUGGCAGAAUUUUGAAGCCUGUAUAUUUACUCCUAAUCGGCCAAAAAUGUUUACCUGGGAAAUGCUUGAAUUCUUUGACAGGAAAUGUUCCAAGAAAUUUCCAAUAAUCAUAUUUUUUUUUUGUACAAUCAGUUCAAAACACACCAGUACCUAUUGUUGCAGUACAAGAUCACCUUUUUUGUCCAGAGGAAUCAUCGUGAAGGCUCCACGUUGAUGAAUUGCGUUCAAAAAGUUCAAAAGAAAAAUAAUACCACUUUUAUUUUUGGGGGUUGCUAAACAGCUGGAAACAUCUGUCUUCUGGGCUGCAAUAAAAUUCCAUCCUUGUCUUUUUUGAAAUUUACAUUCUUUUUCGGUGAGACAUAUUUUUCCAUCCUUGACAUGCACCACUACCCCUCCGUCGUGCUGAAACAUGGAUGCUUUCAUGCGUCCGGGGGGAAAAAAGAAACACACA